AUGACGGGGCCAAUAAUUGCUUGUAUUGGUGUUAUUGGAAAGGCUGACAAUCCUUUACACGUUUCAUUAUUCCCUCCUUAUCAGAAUUCAACUAUUGAAUUCUCUUUUCUAUUAAACUCGUGCCUCGAUAUAUUUGAGAUUCGACAAAAGCAAACAUCUAUCGAUCAAGAUCUAGGCUUAUUACACGCAAUGGAUGAGAGAUUAGCAGCAUAUGGCUGGUUAACAACUACAGGAGUAAAAUUCCUGGUAAUAGUGAAUUUAGGUGGGCAACCAGCUGUUGGGUGUGAAGCCCACAGCACUGCUGCAAUAGCCGGUUUGAAAGAUUCGGAUUUGAAACCGGUCUUUCGCGCUUUGCAAAGUGCCUAUAUACAGCUUUUGCAGAAUCCGUUCUAUUCCCCAGAUGACCAUAUUCCUGUAGGCAAGACUGCCACUGCACCAACGUCUAUGUCUCUGCAGAUCACGAAUCAAAAGUUUAUCACCACAGUCCGGCAAAUUGGUGAAACCUGGACUCCUGGUAUCAAUACCAUUUAA